CAAUGACAUCAAUAUUACCUACUGGACAAUAAAUGAGAUGUUCAUCUCCCUGUAUUUUUAGUCUUCUCGGUUUAACCUCAAAGUCUUUUCAAAUAAAGUUUACAAUUUACAUAUUUAUUGCAAUUUAUUGAUCUUUAAUGUUUGACGAUUGACAACGAUUGACGAGUAAAAAAAGAAAAACAUCAACAGUACUGUCAUUCCACGUGUAUAUAUUAUAAUUUAUCAAUUAAGAUGGUAUUUUUCUUUGAAAGCGACGUUGUUCAACCUCCUGUUACCUUAUUUAUGGGUAUUGAUAAACAUGAAAAUGAGGAUUUAAUAAAAUGGGGCUGGCCAGAAGAUGUUUGGUUUCACGUAGAUAAAUUUUCUUCUGCCCAUGUUUAUCUUCGACUUCGACCAGGCCAGACAAUCGAUGAUAUACCAAGUUCAGUUCUCGAGGAUGCUGCACAACUUGUAAAAGCCAACAGUAUUGAAGGUAACAAAGUCAAUGACGUUGGUAUUGUCUACACAAUGUGGGCAAAUUUAAAAAAAACACCUGGCAUGGAAGUUGGUCAAGUUAGUUUUCAUAAAGAAAAAGAUGUAAGAAAAAUGAAAAUAAGUAAAAGAAUAAAUGCAAUUGUCAAUCGUUUAAACAAAACAAAAAGAUCAGCUGAGCCAAAUUUUCGAGGUGAACGUGAAGAAAGAGAUAGAAAAGAAAGAGAGGAUCAAAAAAAAGUAAUACGUGAACGUAAAGAAAAAGAAAAAAUAGAAGAAAAAAAAAGACAAGAUGAAGCAGAAAUAAGAAGUUACACAUCACUUUUUACUGAAAAUAAAAUGACAACAAACACAGAAGCUGGCUAUGAUUCAGAUGAUUUUAUGUGAUUAAUCUAUUUUCAAUUUUAUUCAUAAUAAAUUAUAUUAAAAAAAUUAAAUGUGCCUGUGUG